AUGGUGGGGAGGGUUCCAGUGCGUCUCAAGGAGGUGACGUACGCGCUGUCGCCGUUCGAGCAGAAGAUCAUGCCGGGGCUGUGGAAAGAUAUGGGCAAGGAGUGGGUCAAGAAGAUCAAGAACAACUGGCUUGAUGCAGCUACCUGCGUCGGACCCCUCGCAGGCACCUACUGGUAUGUGCAGUGGUACAACGAGCAGGAGAAGCAGCACCACCGGUGCUGA